UCUAAUACGCCAACAAAUUGAAUAUUCCACUUUGUCAAAGUUUUUUUUUUACCUUUCCUACCUUCCAAUUGUGUAAUUUAUCCAGUGUGGUUAACAAUGGAAGAGAUCUUAAAUGAAAUUGUCCCACCUGAGAAAUUGGAGAAAUUCGAGAAGAAGUACCAGCAGGAAUCGGAGGAGCAGAAUGUGACAUACAAGACACAAUUUGAGUAUGCUUGGUGCCUGGUGAGGAGCAAUUAUGGGGCAGACAUCAAGAAGGGAAUCAUCUUGUUGGAGAAUCUGGCAACGAGACAUCCGAAGGGGAAGAGGGACUACAUCUACUACCUCGCCACGGGGCAUACGCGUAUCCGGGAGUACACAGUUGCCCUAAAGUACGUCCGGAGCUUCCUGCAGAUUGAACCAAAUAACCAGCAAGUCAUCACAUUGGAGCAGAUCAUCAAGAAGAAGAUGCAACGUGACGGAAUGAUUGGUGUUGCCGUGGCCGGAGGGGCUGCCCUGGUUAUCGGUGGGAUCCUCGGUCUGGAAUUCGCCAUGGCAAAGAAAUGAUACGCACCAAAAAUUCCAUCAAAGAAGUCAUAGAAGCUAAAUUUUCCCUGCAAAACUCUUUCUUCGAUCGAAUGAUAAGAAUGAUAAGAGAUAUAAUGUAAAAAGUAUUAGAGAGAGAAAAGGAUAUUUCAAUGUUUUUUUUUUAAAUGUUCAAUUGAAAUUAAUGAAGCUGUAAUUAGUAAUUAAAUACUGAUCACUUAUGUCGAAUAUUCCUUAAAUAUUUUUUAAUCUUCUUUUAACUGUUAUUCUUUCUUAAAUAAAGCAAUAAACUUCUGUGCCUACUUUAAAAUGCAAAAUCUUCAUAUCGGGCUCAUACUGGGAAUGAGCAUGAAUUAGGGUCCCCAUAUUCCAAGAAACGUAUACACCAAAAAUCUAUCUGUGAAUUCGUAACCUUCGCUAAAAUGCAA